GCAGUCCCCGACGUGCACGCGGAGCCGGGCCCCGUCGCAGUCACGACCUCGCCGCAGCAGCUGUCCCCUCGCCCGCGCGCCCCGCCGAACCACCACGCGACGAGCAUGACCACGAGCGAACUGGCGCCGACGCUGGCGCUGCUGCUGGCGAGCUGCUGCUGCUGCUGCCUCGUUGCCUUGGCGGCCGAGCUCAAGGUCGAGCAGGUCUACGUGCCGGAGGUGUGCGAGCAGAAGUCCAAGAAGGGAGACCAGCUGACCAUGCACUACACCGGCACGCUCCAGGACGGCACCAAGUUCGACUCAAGCUUUGAUCGAGAUUCGCCCUUCACUUUUCAAUUAGGCGUUGGACAAGUGAUCAAAGGAUGGGACCAAGGAUUGGUGGACAUGUGCGUAUCCGAAAAAAGGAAGCUAGUUAUCCCACCUGAACUAGGCUAUGGAGAUCGUGGAGCGGGCAACGUUAUUCCCGGAGGGGCUACUCUCCACUUCGAAGUUGAACUUAUCAACAUCAGUGAUUCACCUCCAUCUGCCAACGUAUUUAAGGAAAUCGAUGCUGACAAAGACAAUCAACUGUCCCGCGAGGAGGUAAGCGUAUAUCUGAGGAAGCAGAUGCUAGAAGCCGAACAGACUGGUACAGGUGAAAGCGAAGACAUGAAAAAAAUGAUUGCCGACCAGGAUAAACUUGUCGAGGAAAUAUUCCAACACGAAGACAAGGAUAAGAAUGGCUACAUUUCUCAUGAUGAGUUCAGCGGCCCUAAGCACGACGAGCUCUGAGCAACUUAUUACGGAAUAACGCGUUUUUUGUACACAACAAGCAUUGCAUAUUCGUUCUUUUAAAUUAUGACUCAUCCAAAUGUUAGUGUAUCAAUUUCUUUACGCAUCGGAACAUUUUGGUAGUCUUAACAUUGUUGACUCCGCUCUUAUGUCGAAAAGGAACUUACUAUUUGUCCUUGAAAACAUAUCUUAACUUCAUUACUUUUAUGAAACUCACCUUCCCACAUCUAAUUCCGUCGAUAGUUGCAAGUACGCUCUUCGGAUUAUCCAGCAAAAGUGUUUUUUUAAUCACUUUUCAGAGUCUUAUUAUCUCCUGAUCAACUUUGAAAGACUUAUUUUCAUUUUUCAGUAUCUCAGCUUAAUUGAACUUUACAAGUUUAAAAUAUAAAA